CUUUAUUUCCGACCAUACAAUAAUAGCACAGUACAAUGUAGAAACAACGGAUCCGAGGAUCUUCUUAAUUGAGAUCUCAUAAUGAUGGAAUCCAAGCGCUUAUAUAUCAGAAACACACUGGCAAGGCUGCUUGACAAUUGCCUGAAGAUGAACGAGCUCAAACGGAUCCAUACCCACAUCAUAACUUCCCCUUUCUUAUUAACAACUGACCGCUAUUUCCUCAUUUCUCGCCUCAUAUUCUUCUGCUGCGUCUCAGAAUCGGGCUCUCUCAGCUACGCCACCAAUGCUUUCAGGCUUGUCUCCAGGCCAAGUUUGUUUAUGUACAACGCCAUGAUCAGAGCUCAUGCCUCCAAAAACACUGAUCCCACUUCCUUUCAAGCCUUAGUUCUGUAUAAAAGAUUGUUAUUUGAUGAGUUUACACCCGACUUUAUUACGUUGCCUUUUGUGUUGAAAGAAUGUGUUAACAGGGUUGAUGCGUUUGCGGGUCAAAGCGUUCAUGGUCAUGCUGUUAAAUUUGGGCUCCAUAGCGAUGUUUUUAUUCAGAACUCAUUGAUUAGUAUGUACUCAGGAUGCGGGCUUCUUGAUAAUGCGCGAAGGGUGUUUGAUGAAAUGCCGAAUAGAGAUGUAGUCUCGUGGAAUUCGAUGGUUGUUGGGUGUUUGAGGAAUGGAGAGCUUGAUUUGGCCUUGGAGCUGUUCAGGAAUAUGAAGAAGAGGAAUAUUAUUACAUGGAAUUCAAUCAUCACAGGGUUUGUUCAAGGAGGUAGAGGCAAGGAGGCUCUAGGAUUGUUCCACGAAAUGCAGAUUUCGGGUGGUGAGGAUGUGAUCAGUCCGGAUAAAAUCACUAUUGCUAAUGUAAUUUCAGCUUGUGCAUCGCUUGGCGCUAUUGAUCAUGGAAGAUGGGUUCAUAGUUUCUUGAAGAGAAGCAAGAUAGAGUGUGACACAGUAAUCGCAACUGCUUUAGUGGACAUGUAUGGGAAAUGUGGGUGUGUUGAUAAAGCCCUUGAAGUGUUUACAGCAAUGCCUAAGAAGGAUGUUCUGGCAUGGACUUCCAUGAUUUCUGUGUUUGCCCUCCAUGGAAAUGCUAAUCAAGCUUUCGAGCUUUUCUUGGAGAUGGAAGCGGCCACAGUAAAGCCUAAUUCUGUCACAUUUACUGCCUUGUUAUCAGUUUGUGCCCAUUCUGGCCUAGUCGAGAAAGGCCGCUGGUUUUUCAACGCGAUGAGGAGCGUCUACUCUUUAGAGCCGCAACUCCAACACUACGCUUGCAUGGUCGAUCUUCUAGGUCGAGCCGGGCUGUUUGAUGAGGCUGAAAUGCUGAUCAGAGGCAUGCCAAUGGAACCAGAUGUUUUUGUGUGGGGAGCACUUCUUGGGGGGUGUCAAAUGCACAGGAAUUUCCAACUGGGAGAGAAGGUUGCUCAGAAUCUGAUUGCUUUGGAACCUCAGAACCAUGCUUUCUAUGUUAAUCUCUGUGAUAUUUAUGCCAAAGCUGGUAAAUUUGAUCAUGUGAAGAAACUCAGAGCUUUCAUGAACAGCAAAGGAAUAGCAAAAACAGCUCCUGGAUGCAGCAUGAUUGAAAUUGAUGGAGUUGUCCAUGAAUUUUCUGUAAGAGGAUCGCCUCAAGAUCUGUUGCAGGAAAUCAAGCCUUUGUUGGAUGCUUUGAGUUGUGAGAUGAAGAGGGAAAGCCAUAUUUCUUGCAUACAACACUUCACUCUCUCACCACCAUAGCAACACAAACUUUGGUUUCAAUUUUGACGAAACAGGUAAAUCGUUAAAUGUGUUAAGCGGUUUACAGGUAAAAAUUAAUCAACCUUUUGUAGCUUGUGAUUGUCACAAUGGCAGUGCUGAGUGCCAACCAUUGGAUAGUGACUGGCGGGUUUUUCUAAAAAAAAAUUAAAGUUGAAAUCUUUACAAAGUCUAUUAUUAGGGGUGUAGAGAUGAGAAUAAAAGGUUCAACUUUUAUGGCA